AAUUAGAAAAUUUUGCAAAAUAAAAACCGAUUUAAAUCGCUUAAGCUGGCAGAUUAACUAAUUCAAAAUCAUGACGGAGGACUGGCAGAGCUCGAAGUUUCGCCAGAAUGUUAUUUCCAAAAUACACGACUUGUUGCCGCCGCAUGCCCAGGAUCAGACGAAGAAUGCCAGCGUUAUGGAGAACCACAUUUUCCGCAAGUCUCGCAGCAAGGACGAGUACCUUGGACUGGUGGCGAAGCUCUUCAUGCACUACAGGGAAAUGUCGCGGAAGUCCCAACAGCAGCAACCACAACAACAGCAGCAGCAACAACAGCAGCAACAACCGCCGCCUCCAAACGCGGAAAUGGGGCAGCAGAACAUGAUGCAGGAUCCGCUGAAUGCGCUACAGAACCUGGCCACCCAGGGCAACCGCAAUCCCCAGAUGAUGCCCAUGUCCGGAGGAGCUCCUGUGCCUGGCGGGCCCGGCACUGCGUCGAACCUGCUGCAGUCCCUCAACCAGCAGCGACCCGGCCAGCAAAUGCAGCCCAUGCCCAAUAUACGAGGCCAGAUGCCUAUGGGUGCGGGUGCAGGCGGUCCACAGCAGAUGAUGCAGGUACAGCAAAUGGGCGGCGGCGGCAAUGCCACCGGCGUGAUGAACGUAAUGGGAGCAGGCGGUGCCCAAGGACAGGGCCAGAUUGUGGGCAAUGCUGGCCAGCAGAUGGGUGGCAUGCCUAAUCAAAUGGUGGGCCCUGGGCCGAACAGUGGUCCCGCAGGUGGGACCGGUGGACCGAAUGCUCCUCCUGGUGCCGGUGCCGGCCCUGUGCCCAAUCAGAUGCAGAGUGGAGGACCCAUGAAUGUGAAUUCCAUGCAACAGAUGCCGCCCAUGCAGCAGAUCCAGCAGAACCAAAUGGCGAUGGGCAUGAGUCCCAUGAUGCGCAUGGGCCAGGGUAACGGCAUGGGUGGACCCCAGGGCAUGGGCCAGGGCAUGCAGGGAAUGCCGCCCAAUAUGCAGCAGCCGCAGCACAAUGUCGGCGUGGGCGGACCGGCGGGUCAGCAGCAGCAGGUGGUGCCCCCCAAUGCCGUGCAGCAGGCUGGCAUGAAUCCCAUGGGAGGCAUGGGUGUCAAUAUGCCGCCGAAUAUCCAGCAGAAGCCAAACAUGGCCAUGGGCCAGGCGGGACAAAUGUUCCCCGGCAAUCGCGGUGGCGUCGUUGGUGGCCAGCAGGGACCGGGACAGCCCUUCAUGCGGUCGAGUCCCUCGCCAGCGGAUGCCCAGCAGCUGCAACAACAGCAGCAGGCACAGCUCCAACAAAUGCAGCAGCAACAACAGCAACAACAACAGCAGCAGCAACAACAACAACAACAACAGCUUGUGGGAAACCAGACGCCGACGCAACAGCCGCCAACGCCACAGAUGCCCACGCCGCAGAUGAUACCCAGUCCGGCACUGGUGCCGCAGUCCAGCCCCCAGAUGAUGAUGCAGAAUCCACAGCGAAACAUACGCCAGCAGUCGCCGAGCAAUGCCUCCAUCAACACGCCUGGCCAGGUAACCGGCAACAGUCCGUUCAAUCCACAGGAGGAGGCACUGUAUAGGGAAAAGUACAAGCAGUUGACCAAAUACAUAGAGCCACUGAAACGUAUGCUCGCGAAGAUCAGCAACGAUGGCACCAAUGUGGAGAAGAUGACCAAAAUGAGCAAGCUGCUGGAGAUCCUGUGCAAUCCCACGCAGCGUGUGCCACUGGAAACGCUGCUCAAGUGCGAGAAGGCACUGGAGAGGAUGGAUCUGAUUUCCAUUUCGGGCCAACAGUUUGGCAAAUCCUCGAAUCCACUUUUGGAGGUCAUCAAUACCACGCUACAGAGUCCCAUAGCCAAUCACACAUUGCAUCGCACAUUCCGACCCACACUGGAGUUGCUCUUCGGCACGGAUAUCGUGGCUCCGGUGCCCGCAAAGAAACCGCGUAUUGAGGAGAAGUCCUCCCCCUUCGAGCAGGAUGUGCCCCACGUGCUGCAGGGCGAGAUUGCCCGCCUGGACACCAAGUUCAAGGUGAAGCUGGACACCACGUCGCAGAUCAACAAUAAGUCUAUUCGGUUGAUCUGCUGCCUGGACGACAAGCGACUGCCCAGUGUCCCGCCAGUGAGUGUCAGUGUCCCGGAGGAGUACCCGUGGCAGGCGCCCGACUGCUCCCUCACCGAACAGGAGUACUCGGCCACGCCCUUCUUGCAGACCGUGCAACAGGCUCUGAUUGCACGUAUCUCCAUGCUCCCGAAGAACUACUCGCUCUCGCACCUACUCGACACCUGGGAAAUGGCCGUGCGGCAGGCCUGCUCGCCCCAGACCAAACCCAAGGUCUGCGAAUUUACCGCUCUUUUUGGGGUGUGAAUAAUGAUCUGAAAGUACUUAGUGUUAGGUGAAAACUUAUUCUAUAUCGUAUGAUUACCGUCAAUAUAUCAAGUUAUCAUUUGAUUCGAGAAAACCGAUUGCAAAAAAUUAUCUGGUAAAGGAAAUAUUCGUAUUUAGUGUAAGAGUAUUCCAUAUCGUAUAAAAUAAACCGAAGAAACUA